AUGUCUGCCAAACCAGGACGUACUAUUUUAGCAUCUUCCAUUUCAAAGACGUAUGUUGACGAAAUCAAGGCCAAGGUGGAAUCGUUGAAGUCGAUAAGGCCUAACGGUCCGCUACUGGUGGGCUUUCUGGCAAACAACGAUCCAGCUGCCGAAAUGUAUGCCAAUUGGACGGGCAAAACGUGCGAGUCGAUGGGUUUCCGCUACGAACUUCGACGCGUGGAAGAGAAAGACUUUCUGGAAGAGACCAUCAUCGAAGCCAAUCGGGAUAAAUCAGUCGACGGUAUCAUGGUGUAUUUUCCUGUUUUUGGGAACGCUCAGGACCAAUACCUGCAGCAAGUGGUAGCCCGUGAAAAGGACGUCGAGGGCCUAAAUCACGUUUACUACCAGAACAUGUAUCACAAUAUUCGGUUUUUAGACGACGAGCAGCAGUUGAAAUCCAUUUUACCUUGCACACCUCUCGCUGUCGUGAAAAUAAUGGAGUACUUGAAAACUUACAACAAUCUUUUGCCGGUCGGGAACAGACUCUACGGCAAGAGGUGUGUGGUGGUCAACCGGUCUGAAAUUGUCGGAAGACCGCUUGCUGCUCUUCUAGCUAACGAUGGUGCUGUUGUUUACUCAGUUGACGUAAAUAACAUACAGAAAUUUACUCGCGGUGAAGGUUUGAAAUUCCAGAAACAUCAAGUUGAGGACUUGGGAGCUUUCUCCAACGAAGCUUUAAAGGAAUGUUGUGCUGAUGCCGAUGUAAUUAUUACUGGUGUACCCUCUGAACAGUACAAAUUUCCAACAGAGUUCAUUAAGGAGGGCGCUGUGUGCAUUAACUUUUCUUCUAGUAAGAACUUUGAUGAAUCUGUGAAAAGCAAGGCGUCUCUUUACGUACCAAGUACCGGUAAAGUCACUAUCUCAAUGUUGCUUAGAAACAUGUUGAGGUUGGUUGAGAACAGGCAGAAACUGCAGCAACUUUAG